CCAAGCCCUUACCCCUUUCCUUUGGUUUGUUGUUCCUCCUUUAACUUUUUAAAAUAUGAAAAUGACACACCCUAUUCACAUUUUUUAGACAGCUAGAUGGUGACUGACAAAGUAUUGACAGCAAAGCAAGAAAUUAUUGAAUGUGUUACAUCAGUGGCCGUGACAUCUCAAGGAAGACUUCCUAGGGAAACGUUUCCAGUACAGAUAGUUGAAGAAGCUAUGGGAUGUUUGGACAAUAAUGAGAAGCAAAGAGGAAGUAAUGAUACAAGCAACAAAACGAGUUCACGUUCUUCUCAGGAAAGUGAUUUCAGUCUGGCAACCUUCAACAAGAAAACCCCUACAGAACAGAACACCUUUGAGUGUAAUAGUGAAGGAAUUCUCUGUCUACACUCACAAGGCACCACACAGCCCAGAACUCACACAGGAAAACUGUUCUAUGAGUGCUUGGACUGUGGAAAAACAUUUUGCCAUAGGUCAAAGCUGAUUAGACAUCAAAGAAGUCAUACUGGAGAGAGACCUUAUGAAUGUAAAGAAUGUGAAAAAGCCUUUGGUUUCAGAACAGAUCUUGUUAGACAUCAGAGAAUUCACAGUGGUGAAAAACCCUACAAAUGUUGUGACUGUGGAAAAGCUUUCAGGGGCAGCUCGGGGCUCAUUAGGCAUAGGCGAAUUCAUACUGGAGAGAAACCUUAUGGUUGUGAUGAAUGUGGGAAAGCCUUCAGCCAGAGCUCUACUCUUAUUCAGCAUAAGAUUCAUAGUGGAGACAAAGGCUAUGAAUGUACUGAAUGUGGUAAGGCUUUUAGGAGAAGUUCUGUUCUUAUGGAACAUCAAAGAAUCCAUACUGGUGAGAAACCUUAUGAAUGUAAUGAAUGUGAAAAAUCUUUUAAUCAAGGCUCAGCACUCAUCCAGCACCAGAGAACCCAUUCUGGAGAAAAGCCUUAUGAAUGUUAUGAAUGUAGGAAAACAUUUAGGCAUAGGUCAGGCCUUAUGCAGCAUCAGAGAACACACACCAGAGUUCAACUCUGUGGGUAAAAGUUGUUAAUUGUGAAAUACUAGGAAUUCACUUUAAAGGUGAG